GUGCCAGCGCUGCCACCGGACGCAGCGCAUGGCGCACCCCUUGUACAGGUACCAGCCGACACCAGCAGAGUACUCCACUGCCACUUGGGCGUGCCACCAGGGUUGCAACGACUACACCAACUGGCGUGUGAUGCCGAGCAUGCUGGCCAGGAUCCCCAUGGCGGAUCGACCUGCCAGCUGGGGUACCGAGGACUGGCUCGACGAGGUGCGCCGCGCGCGCCGGCAGGAGAGGCGCGCGGAGGGGCGCUGCGUGUGCGCGUAG